UGCGGAAUACUCAUCGCGAUUUCACUUAUUAGGCAAUUUAAGAGUCCGUCUACAUGUUUAAAUGGUAAAAUUAUGCACCGGAACAGAGACACUAAACAAUUUAACUACUUUAGUUUUUCUUGCUCUUCGUAGCCGCGAGGCGAAUCCGUAAAUUGAGCUCAUUCAAACCUGUUUUGCAGAAUUUUAUUUAAGUAUAACGCGAUACUUAGUAAAAUCACGCGCUUGUUCAAUUAUCUUCAUUAAUAAUCGGAUUGCCAAAUCGCCAAGAUGGGAGAUUUAAUUCGUUUUACAUAUGCAACUAUUGCUAUCCUUGCUAUGUUACAACAUAUUGUUGCAAUUGAUUAUGGAUGCCCUCUGUCAAGCGCAAUGACAUCGUGCAGUCCCAAAUGCAAGGACGAUUCCGAAUGUUUCGGAAAAAAAUGUUGCGCAAACAUUUGCAAUACCAAAUCCUGCGUACCGGACCACUUGAAAGGCGCAAACACCAAAGACGGAUAUAAGAAUCAAAAUCAAAAAUCUGGCACCGGCAGUUACUGCGGCAACGUGAAGUGCAACUCGUUUGAGAAAUGUGAACUUGACAGAACUACGAAACGGGAGAGAUGUGUCCGAAACUAGACUACUUACGACAUUUAAACUUUAAACGCUACUCAAUACUGUUUAAAUAAUAUUCACCUAAAUAAAUUGAUACAAAUAAUCUAGGUAACUAUGCUUCUAUUGUAAACAAUGCGUUUUAAAUAAACUAUUAAAAAAUUGAUGCAGCGAAGCAAACCAU